AUGGCAUCCGCAUGCACUUUUCACGGUGUCGUCGGCAUUAAAAACGCUACUCCCUACACAUUGGAACCCAAAAAAAGGUACUGGAAGAUGCAUGGAUUUGUGCCUCUCUCUCUUGACGCCGACGAUGAUAUCGGAGACCUUCUCGUCUCUGUUUUCACUUUCGGUGGCACCACAGCGCAACCUGAAGAUGGCAAUUAUUUCAUCAAUGCUCGCGUCAUUACCAGCACGGCAGAUGAACACCUUUCUCUCGAACUGUAUUGUGUCGACGAGAUGCAGCCUACAGAUAGUGGCAGAGCCGUCCCUACUCUCAUUGUUGUCGGCAAAGUUUCCAGAGGCUCUUCUGACCUCAUCAACAGUCGUGCUUUCGACAUGGACAUCAUGCAGUAUGGUAUCAAGCCGCAACAACUCGCGCGCAUCCGCUGCUUCUAUCCUGAAGAUCAUCCUCGCCUCUCGAGGACACCACUACCUACCGCUGAGAAACAUAUCAUCGUUCAAGGCUGUAUCUCCGAGCUCCUUCACAACCGAUGUGUCGUCCGUGUCCAUGAUAUCACUCUUGGUCCUGGAUCCGGCGUUGUCGAGUUGAACAGAUCACCAAAUAUAUAUGCGCAUUUUUGUUGUCACGGUGAAUGGGGACUGAGAUUAUGA